GGAGUUUGGAGAAUCCCAACUUCUGAUAUUGAUAGAUGUGGCAAUUUCGCUUCUCAUAUGCAUCGAUCCGUCCAACUCCUCUUGACAACUCUUUCUGAACAAGGCGAUUGGCGUCGCCUCUUACAUAUCUUUCAUCAGUUACGGCGUCAACCACCAGAAGAAAAACGUGGCUUCCUCAGUGAGGCUGAUCGCGUAUUUUUAGCUCGUCGGGCAUUCAACCUAAUCCAGCCCGCUCUCACUCGGUGGCUGUUCAAUGUUGCAAAGAACUCAAUUUCCGCUAGAUAUCCCAUAACUGUCACUACUUCCCCUGUUGCUAUCGCUGGUGAUGUUGGAGGUAGUGAGGAGUCUAAGUUAAAUACUGUGUCGACUUUGAUUGACCAUUCUAUCGCCCGUGUCACGCCCAACUCGCCCGAUCUGUCACCCUCAUCGCCACUGAUCACACUAGAUGUUCUAGUUCAACUUUACCGACUGCAUUGUCUUACUCGAUCGCGAACUAUGCAUCCACCUCAUGGCACAUCUGGAUCGACUGCAUCUAUUAAGGCCACGCACACGAGGCCUACCGUUCAGACUCCACAGAUGGCAACAGAAGCUUCGACAGCUUCAAAGCUGAUCUUAUCGACAUCUAAUCUAGUGCCUGCAUGUAAUACCGUUUCGACUAAAAACCAAAGUAUCAGCUCAGGCUCAAGCUCGUCGGAACAUUUAUCUCUUGAGCGACAGGCAAGCAAGACUCAAUCGCAUUCUUCUGAUGUGACCUCAGAUGUGAUUGCCAGUGUGGAGGAGGUUGAGAAAACCGGCUAUGCUGCCAUUCUGCACUUGGCCUAUCAGCUCUGUCCAGCCGCUUGGGUGAGUGACCCACUCGGGGCUUGA